CUCCUCCUCAUCUCACGGCUUCUUAUCCCCAGCUUCGUUGUCAUCUCUGUUCAUCUUUGUCCAUCCCAGCAACAUCUUCACGCUCAUUGAAUCGGACUCUGCUACCGCCUUGGUCCUGCACCGCCUCUUCCUCCACCGCUCUUCCCAACUCCGCUCCAUUACAAUGGGGCUACUCCGCCUCUGCGUUUGCGUCUCCGGGGUGUACGCGGCCUUCCUCCUCUGGGCGAUAGCGCAAGAACGCCUCUCCCAGCCCUUCCCCGCAUCGCCGGCACAUCCCCACUCCCCGCCGGGAUCCCGCAAAGGCGACAAGUUCCCUUCGCCCCUCUUUUUCAACUUCGCCCAGGCACUCGCGAGCGCGUCGGCGAGUGCCGUGUAUUUGCUUGUUGCAGCGGGCGCAAAGCGACGGGAGGGCAUAGGACGUGUCUUGGGCCUGAAGAGGUUGUUGGGGGCGGAGGGGGAGGAUGCCAACGGACAUGGCAAAGGCGUGAAUGGAGACGCUGCGAGGGCCAACGGCAAGAAUCACACAAAUGGGAAAGUCAAUGGCACAACCAACGCCCCGCGCCCGUGGUACCAGACCCUCCCCGGCCUCCUCCUCCAGGUCUCGCUGUUCCAGACCACCGCCGGGCCCAUCGGCUUCCAUGCUCUCAGGCAUAUCUCAUACCCGACUAUGGUGUUGGCCAAGUCGUGCAAACUCAUCCCCGUGCUCCUUCUCAAUGUGCUGCUGUAUCGUCGUCGCUUUGGAGCGCACAAGUAUGCCGUCGUCGCCCUCGUCUCGGCCGGCAUUUCACUGUUUAUGCUUUUCGGCAGCAAGAGUAAGGCUGGCGGCGGCGACAGUGUGUUCGGCCUCCUCCUUCUCCUUGUCAACCUCCUCAUCGACGGCCUGACCAACUCGACGCAGGACCAGAUCUUCGCCCUCUACCCCUCCUACUCCGGCCAGCAGAUGAUGUUCAUCAUGGCUGCUCUGCAAUUAACCUUGCUCACGCCGGCCAUGCUGUUGCCGUUGCCCUCGCGCCCAGCGCUCCUCCUCUCACACCUCCCCGUUCUCUCCUCCCUCCUCCCACGCGAGCGCGGUGCCAUGCUCUCCUUCUCCCCGCCCAUCCUUCUGCAAUCCAUCCGCUUCCUUGCAACCCAUCCCUCCUCACUCGCCCCACUCGCGGCAUACGCCGCUCUCGGGGGGCUCGGCCAGCUCUUCAUCUUCGAGACCAUCGCCCACUUCGGCUCCCUCACCCUCGUCAUGGUGACUGUCACACGCAAGCUCUUCACCAUGCUCCUCUCGGUGUUUGUUUUCGGCCACACGCUCACACCGGGACAGUGGGCGGGCGUAGCCGUCGUGUUUGCAGGCAUCGGCGUCGAGGCGGGCUUUAAGCGCCGCGAAGCAAGUAAGCGGGUCCGAAGGGACAAGGGGAAGACGGAGUAGUGUAGCUGCUUGUACGACAUGCAUAGAUCUAGAGCACC